UGCCCAGCCAGUCGGCUCUUCUCUUGGUCGUCAGUCCCUCCUCUCUCCCUCUCUCCAUAACCCAGGCGCUGGCCCCGGCCCCAGUACCAGUCCCAGCCCCUGCCCCGGUUCAGGCCCCAUUUUACCGCUUCUCCCCUCUCUCUUUUUUCUCCCUCCCUCGCUGGCGGGAGCGGACUCUGGGGGCCCAGUGGUGGCAAAGUGAUUGGAGAGAAGGGGUAGGGAUACCUAGCUGCACCCCAACUCUGCCAGGGGGGCCCCCAGACCGGACUCGGCACCCCGCCCCCCAACCAGGGCGGGAUCCCGAGAAUCCAGAGAGAUCCCCCAACUCCAGCCCUACCUCUCUAAUUGUGCCCCAAUUUAUGACAAUCUUAUGGUCUCCAUACUUUCUGGAUUAAACUUUCAGAGAGGAUAGACUACACCAUAUCUCGGGAGGAGAAACAAAAAACACUUUUGGCGACUUCUGGAUCCUUGCGCCUCCCCCUGUAUGGUGGGGGACUAAAAGGACUGCGAGCAAAAGAAAGCGGUGCGAGGGGCAAGAAUUGUGCUCCUAACCAGAGGGUUUCAGAUCUGGGGGGGCUCGCGCCCCCCAACCUCGGAUCUAAUUGGGAACCAGGUGGCGCCAUGGAGUUUCGAGCGCUACUCUGCUGGGCGUCCCUGGCUUCUGCACUAGAAGAGACCCUCCUGAACACAAAACUGGAAACAGCAGAUCUAAAGUGGGUUACCUAUCCUCAGGUGGAAGGACAGUGGGAAGAGCUGAGCGGGCUGGACGAGGAGCAGCACAGUGUUCGGACGUAUGAAGUAUGUGAUAUGCAGCGGCCCCCUGGGCAGCCCCACUGGCUUCGGACAGGUUGGGUGCCUCGGCAGGGGGCGAGGACGGUCUACGCCACCUUACGGUUUACCAUGCUGGAAUGCCUGUCCUUGCCCCGGGCUGGGCGUGCUUGCAAGGAGACGUUCACCGUUUUCUACUAUGAGAGCGAUGCCGACACUGCCACUGCCCUCUCCCCUUCUUGGAUGGAGAACCCCUACAUCAAGGUGGACACAGUGGCAGCAGAGCACCUGACUCGGAAGCGUCCAGGGAGUGAGGCAACUGGGAAAGUGAAUGUGAAGACCCUGAGACUGGGCCCUCUCACCAAGGCUGGCUUCUACUUGGCCUUUCAAGACCAGGGUGCCUGCAUGGCCUUGUUAUCUCUCCACCUCUUCUAUAAGAAAUGUUCCCAGCUGACUGUCAACCUGACCCACUUUCCUGAGACUGUGCCUCAUGAACUAGUGGUACCUGUAGCUGGAAGCUGUGUGGCAGAUGCUGUCCCAGCUUCUGGCCCUGGUCCUAGCCUGUAUUGCCGGGAAGAUGGCCAGUGGGCAGAGCAACCAGUAACUGGAUGUGUGUGUGCGGCAGGUUAUGAAGCAGUUGAAGAGAACACUAAAUGCCGAGCCUGUAUGCAGGGAACCUUCAAGCCUCUUGCAGGAGAGGGGUCAUGUCAACUAUGCCCAGCUAAUAGCCAAUCCAACUCCUUUGGAUCCACCAUUUGCCAAUGCCGAAUUGGCUACUUUCGUGCCCCCAAAGACCCCCUGGGAGCUCCUUGUACCACACCACCCUCAGCCCCACGAAGUGUAGUGGCCCGUCUCAAUGGCUCAUCUCUCCGCUUGGAAUGGAGUGCUCCACUUGAAUCAGGAGGCCGAGGGGAUCUGACUUAUGCCCUUCGUUGCCAUGAAUGCCAUCCACGAGGCUCUUGUGUACCAUGUGGAAGAGAUCUGACCUUUGAUCCAGGUCCUGACAAUCUGGCUGAUCCCUGGGUAGGGAUUCAAGGGCUUCGUCCUGAUUUUACCUAUGCCUUUGAGGUCAUGGCCAUCAAUGGGGUGUCUUCUGUGGCCCUUGGGCCCAUUCCAGUGGAAGCAGUCAAUGUCACCACAGACCGCGAAGUACCACCUCCAGUAUCAGAUAUCCAGGUGACAGGAGCAUCCCCCAGCAGCUUAAGCCUGACUUGGUCCAUUCCCCAUCCAUCCAAUGGGGCUGUGCUGGAUUAUGAGGUCAAGUACCAUGAGAAGGGUGUGGAAGGACCAAGUGGGGUACGCUUCCUAAAGACAUCAGAAAACCAAGCAGAACUGCAAGGGCUGAAGAGGGGGACUAAUUACCUUAUCCAAAUUCGGGCACGCUCUGAGGCUGGCUAUGGGCCCUUUGGUCAUGAGCAUGACAGUCAAACCAAACUGGAUGAGAAUGAAACCUGGAGGGACCAGCUGGCACUGAUCUCGGGCACAGCAGCCGUUGGGGUUAUUCUGAUUCUAGUGGUCAUUGUCAUCGCAGUUCUCUGCCUCAGGAAACAGAGCACCGGAAGGGACGCUGAAUAUUCAGACAAGCAUGGACAGUAUCUCAUCGGGCAUGGCACAAAAGUCUACAUUGAUCCCUUCACUUAUGAAGAUCCUAAUGAGGCUGUGAGAGAAUUUGCAAAGGAGAUUGAUGUAUCCUAUGUCAAAAUCGAGGAAGUGAUUGGAGCAGGAGAAUUUGGAGAGGUGUGUAGAGGACGGCUAAAAACCCCUGGAAAGAAGGAAAGUUAUGUGGCCAUCAAGACCCUAAAAGGUGGUUAUACAGAGAGACAAAGAAGGGAGUUCUUAAGUGAGGCUUCAAUUAUGGGCCAGUUUGAACAUCCCAAUAUCAUUCGACUGGAAGGCGUAGUUACCAAUAGUGUACCUGUCAUGAUCCUAACCGAAUUCAUGGAGAAUGGGGCGCUGGAUUCCUUCCUUCGGCUUAAUGAUGGACAAUUCACUGCCAUCCAGCUGGUGGGCAUGCUUCGGGGUAUUGCCUCGGGCAUGCGAUACUUGGCUGAGAUGAGCUAUGUGCAUCGAGACCUAGCUGCUCGAAACAUUCUGGUCAACAGCAACUUGGUCUGCAAAGUUUCUGACUUUGGUCUUUCCCGAUUCCUGGAAGAGAACUCUUCUGAUCCCACCUAUACCAGCUCCUUGGGUGGCAAGAUUCCUAUCCGUUGGACAGCCCCUGAAGCCAUUGCCUUCCGGAAAUUCACAUCAGCCAGUGAUGCUUGGAGCUAUGGGAUUGUGAUGUGGGAGGUCAUGUCAUUUGGGGAACGUCCAUAUUGGGACAUGAGCAACCAGGAUGUCAUCAAUGCCAUUGAACAAGACUACCGACUGCCCCCACCCUCAGACUGUCCCACCUCCUUGCACCAGCUCAUGCUGGACUGCUGGCAGAAGGACCGAAAUGCACGACCCCGCUUCCCCCAGGUGGUCAGUGCCCUUGAUAAGCUGAUUCGAAAUCCAGCCAGCCUCAAAAUUGUGGCUCGGGAAAAUGGAGGGGCCUCACAUCCUCUCUUGGAUCAGCGGUUGCCUCAUUUCUCAGCCUUUGGCUCGGUGGGCGAGUGGCUUCGGGCAAUCAAGAUGGGUCGAUAUGAAGAGAGCUUUGCAGCUGCUGGGUUUGGCUCCUUUGAGCUGGUCAGUCAGAUUUCGGCAGAAGAUCUACUCCGGAUUGGCGUCACUCUGGCUGGUCACCAAAAGAAAAUACUGUCAAGUGUACAACAUAUGCGAUCACAGGCCAAGCCUGCAACACCAGGAGGGGCAGGAGGACCAGCUCCCCAAUACUGAUUUCUGUUUCUUCUGCUCCUCAGGAGCUCACAUCCCUGGAACAAUUCCAGGAACCCAGGCUUCCUAACCUUUUCUUCUCCAGCAGAGUUGAGGUCCCACCAUAAUCUUUAACCUUGCUGGAUUGCACUUUGAACUCAUGGAGGAUGGAAGUUUGGAGAGACCAAGAUUUGGGGAUUCAAUCACAUGAGACUGUUUAAGAAGAAAUCAUGGAGCACAUAUCCCCUUCUAUGAUCUCUCAGUCUUUCCUUCAAAACUGGUUAUCACUUGAGGGAAAUGUAACAAAAAUGAGGAAACUACCCCUCCACUCUCCUAACUCUUACUCUCCAUCCUGUGAUUGGGAGAGAGGGGUGAGCAUAGCUUCCUCUAAGGAUUGUUCUCCUUCUUGAACAGGACUCCUCAGGUGCUUUUCUCCCACCCCUAUGGGGACAUAACCCAAACAGACCAAAGAGAGGACAGAAGAACAGUCUCAUGAUAUCAGAAACAGAAUGAUGUCACAGGAGGUGGGAGUCAAUUGAACAAUUGGCAUUGCACAUGACAUCAUUUUCCUGGCUGUUUUGUUAUCCUCCUAGAAGUGAUAUUGUCACCCCACUUCAUUUUUUUAUCCUGUAAAUUUUUUUUACCCUCACCCCAUAUCUGCUUGCCUUCAUAUUGAAGGUUUGUUUUUUUUUUUGUUUUUUUUUUGGUUUCAUCUUUCUGUUUCUUCCCAAUUCUUGUCACAAUCUAAUGUUUCAGGACACUUGUCCUCUUUGUUAUUCUUUUAUACCCAGACUGGGAUAGGAGACCACAGUGUACCUGUUCAAUCUCUUGAACAGUAAUUUUUCAUAGUCCAUCCCCCGAAGAUGGGACAUCCCACUCUGGCCUUGCCUUCUAAAGGAAUUUAUCGGAAGAGGACAAUGAGGAAGGGUUAAAGGGAAGGGCCCUACCUGACAAAUUCCUUGGAGGGGUUUUUAAAUUAUAAAGAUGUUGAGGGGUGUUUUUUUUUUUUUUUUCUUUUAUAAAUAAAAG